AUGAGUGGCGUAGCGAGAUCGGAGCCGCCCACCAGGCGAAGGCCCCAGUUAGUGUCGCGGGUGUCGCGACGCAGUGUCACCACGAACGUAUGCAUUCGACCCAUCGCGGGAAGGGUUAAUUUGCACCACGCGCGUCUUGCGCGGACUUGCUGCCACGACGAUGAUACGGAACGUUAUGCGAUCAAAAUUAGAACCACCGCAAAACUACACCCGCCCUCCCUACCUCUCCACUGCAUAGGUAACCCUGCCGGAGUCGACCUAAAUCGAAUAACGGAAGCUGACCAUGUCCGAACAGAUGGCCGAAUGCACAGCAAUGUUUACUUCGUCAGAAAUGAUUACACCGGUUUAGACACCUCGAUCUGCUUUGUUACCGCCAAUUAUAAUAUACCAGACGUACUUAAGAACUUAAAACUUUUCUGCAUUUACUAA